CGCGAGUGCGCAUCCCGAGUCAAAGUUCCUGUGUCCGUGAAAAUACGCAUCUUUCCUGACGUCGACCGAACUGUUGCUUACGCGAAGAUGCUGGAGGCGGCCGGAGCUGCUUUCAUAGCCGUUCACGGAAGGACUCGGGAGCAAAAUGGACAGAAAACUGGGCUGGCUGACUGGGAACAGAUCAAGGCCGUCAAAAGUGCUGUCAGCAUCCCAGUAAUCGCAAAUGGAAACAUCUUAUAUUUUGAAGAUAUAGAGAAGUGUCUACGGGCCACUAAAGCCGACGCCGUGAUGAGUGCUGAGCCUCAUUUGUACAAUCCCGCCCUCUUUUCUGGUCAGCAGCCCUGUGUGUUCCAGGUAUGCCUGGAGUAUCUGGACUUGGUCAAGACGUAUCCCUGCCCACUGUCAUUUGUGCGAGGCCAUCUGUUCAAAGUACUUCGAAACACAAUUCUUGUCAAGUCGUUCCCUGGACACCUGAUUUGGAAUCCCGUCCUAUGA